AAAGGGCCAGGAGAUUCUCUCGGAGACAUCAAGUUCAGUCCUUAUGAGGCAGUGAAGCUUUAUGUGGCAUCAGGGGAUGGCACCCUGAGUCUCCAGGACCUUGAGGGCAGAGCGGUGCAGGUGAUCUCCCGUGCCCCGGACUGUGGCCAUGAGUACCAUAAUGUUUGUUCCUGGUACUGUAGUGUGGAUGUUUCUGCAAGCUGCCGCGCCGUGGUGACGGGUGAUAAUGUGGGCAACGUGGUCCUGCUGAGCACUUCUGGUGAAGAGAUUUGGAAGCUGAAAUUGCACAGGAAAAAAGUGACUCAUGUGGAGUUUAACUCCCGAUGUGAGUGGUUGUUGGCCACAGCAUCUGUGGACCAGACAGUCAAAAUCUGGGACCUCAGAAACAUCAAAAACAAAAUGAAUUUUCUUCAUCUGCUUCCUCAUGACAAGCCUGUCAAUGCAGCUUACUUCAGCCCAACAGAUGGUGCCAAGCUCCUGAGCACAGACCAGCGCAAUGAAAUUAGGGUUUACUCAUCUUCCGACUGGACCAAGCCACAACAUCUGAUCCCACAUCCACAUCGGCAGUUUCAGCACCUCACACCUAUUAAGGCAACAUGGCAUCCUCGCUACGACCUCAUUGUAGCAGGUCGCUACCCAGACCCUAAGUUCCCAGGAUACACGGUGAAUGAACUACGAACUGUUGAUGUAUUUGACGGAAACACUGGGGAGAUGGUUUGUCAGCUCCAUGAUCCAAAUGCUUCUGGUAUCAUCUCGCUCAACAAAUUUAAUCCUAUGGGAGAUACGCUGGCUUCUGGCAUGGGCUUUAAUAUUCUGAUCUGGAGCCGGGAGGAGAUGGUGGCCAAGAAGCAAGAACAUCUUUCCAAAGCCAUGACAGAACAGGGGAUUGGAAGCUGGAGUUUGUCCAGACAUGGAGGUCAGAGGCAGACAAAUCCUGGGACAAGCAAACUCAAAGCUAACUUACUGUCUUGGGAGCUGGAGGAGAUGAGAACAAAAAGCAACAAUUCUAAAUCACAGGGAAGGAAGCGAAAAGGGAAGGAUCUAGAGAACUGAUUUAGUGUUUUGAUCCUCUCUGGAUCACAGGAUACAAAUUCAGUGUUGGCAACGGGCAGUGUAAGUCCGUGCAGGGCAUUAGACUUCUGCUUUGUCCUUCCUCCCUGGAUCUGAUCUUGCUUCCUUCU